GCGCUGCAGGUUGGCCGAUCUAAGGCCUGUCUACAAGGGAUUGGUUUGUGGAAUAAGCUGGGUGCACACUGAGCACUGCGGUAUCUAUUCACGCCCCCUGCCCUCACUCUUCUUGGGCGCACCCUUGCGGCGUUCACUUUAAUCCACUUCGGAAGACCUGCUGGCCCCUCCCCAGUCCUGACUGGCAGGACUUCCUAAGCUAGGCCUGGACUCCCCCUUCCCAGCCCCCAUGGCCCUGGCUAGUUUAUUUCUGGAUCUUGGCAAGGUGGCCUGAUGGCUGUGCCCGAUUGUGUCCUGAGUAGGUUUGACAGGUCAGCUGCCCUGCACCAGGGGACUGGCACUGAGAGACGGAGGUGCUUGCACUGAGAAAGGGGGAACCCUCCCUGGCUCCAGAACCCUUUGCAUGUCUGUGCAAAAGGGGAAGGACCCGCAGUUGUCUGUGGUGCACCUGGCCAAGGACACGUGUUUCUCAGGGUGGCCAUGCACGCUAAUUUCCUCCUUUCUCCCCCCAACUUUCCUGCAGCAUGCCGCUUCCUCGCCUCCCGGUGCCAGACAGCGUGCUAAACAUGUUCAGGGACCAGGAAGAGGAGUUCACGGAUGACAACACCAAGCAUGGCGGACGAGUACGCAACUUUCCCCACGAGCGGGGCAACUGGGCAACAUACGUCUACCUGCCCUGUAAAAUCCAGGAGGGGGUGCUGGAGCUGGUAGAGCUCCUCGUUUCCCACUGCCGCCGGUACACGGUGUCGCUCACCGCCAUGGAGGAGUUCCACAUCAGCCUCUCCCAGUGCGUGGUGCUGCGCUACCACUGGAUAAACCCCUUGAUCCAGUCCCUCAAGGAACGCAUAGCCCCCUUCAACAGGUUCUUCUGUACGGCCAGCCAGGUGAAGGCGUAUACCAACCAGUACAAAACCAGGACUUUUGUGGGCUUGGAGGUCUCGUGUGGACAUUCUCAGUUGCUGGAUCUGGCCUCAGAGGUGGAUAAAGUUAUGGAGGAGUUUGAUCUCCCAACGUUCUACAAAAACCCAUCCUUCCACAUCAGCCUGGCCUGGUGUGCCGGGGACCUGAGCGACCGGCUGGAAGGGCAGUGUCUCCAGGAGCUGCAGGGGAUUGCGGAUGGAUUUGAGGACUCUGCCUUCCCGCUGCGGUUCCAGGGGGACCAGAUCGGCUGCAAGUCGGGGAACAAGUUCUUCUCCUUCCCCCUGAAGUAGGAGACAGGAAGCCAGCCGCCCGGGCGCCUCCCC